AUGCGUUUCUUCUAUGAUUUGUCCUGCUGUGGUCUGCUUUUCAAUCUUUUAGCAGCCUUCCCAACUGCGUCAUCUGCGAAUGCCGGGCACAGCGAUCUGGUCGCCUCACUUCCAUCAUCUCAGGCACAAGAUACGUUCUACACUGCUCCUACUGGCUAUGAGUUCGCUGCGCCGGGAACCAUCUUACGUAUACGCGAGGCAAAUGGCAAUCUGACGUCGAUCUACAAUGCCAGUUCAUCAGUAUACAAUAUCCUUUAUCGCACCACCAAUGCACAAUAUCAGCCAGCAUGGGCUGUGACGACUUUGUUUGUGCCUUCCAAUUCCCUCAACAGCUCUGGCGGCAGUGCCCUCUUGUCUUACCAAAUUCCCUACAACACCGCGGACGUCGAUCACAGUCCCAGCUAUGUGCUUGGGUCUGAGUUAGCUACAGGUCUGGUUCUCUCGGAUAUCAACUCUGCACUCAGCCGUGGCUGGUUCGUCAAUGUACCUGAUUUUGAAGGUCCUUCGGCAUCAUUUGGAUCGGGAGUAUCAGAAGGCCAUGCAACGCUGGACUCAGUUCGAGCUGCAUUGUCUGCAGGUUUUGGUCUCUCCCCCAGUGCACGAUAUGCUAUGUGGGGGUACUCAGGAGGAUCGAUUGCCAGCGAAUGGGCUGCAGAACUUCAGGUCCAAUAUGCUCCAGAACUCAACUUCAGCGGAGUCGCACUCGGUGGUCUGGUUCCGAAUGGCACGACCAUUCUACACACCAUCGAUGGGACGCCAGCAGCGGGAUUGAUCCCCUCGUUUCUUAUCGGCGUGAUGAAACAAUAUCCUGAGGCUUACCAGUACUUGGUCAGCAACCUGAAAACCUCUGGGCCUUACAAUGCAACGGGUUUCUUGGCAGUUCAAAACAUGUCGUAUUUCGAGGCGGCGGUCGCCUUCAUGAAUCAGAGCAUUCUCAACGACUACUUCGUGAACGGUACUUCUCUGUUCCAGCAGCCCAUCAUUCAGAGGGUCUUCAACGUUGACGGGCUGAUGGGCUACCACGGUGUCCCGCAAAUGCCCAUGCUUAUCUACAAGGCGACACACGAUGAAUAUAGUCCCGUCGGCGAUACAGACUCGCUCGUGGCAAGAUACUGCGAGGCUGGUGCGAAUAUCUUAUAUCAGAGGAACAUGGCAGGUAACCACCUUGACGAAGAGACGAACGGAGAUGCACGGGCAUUCGACUGGUUGCAAGCAGCAUUGAAUGGGACGCUCAUGAUGCGGCGAGGAUGCACGAUUCAGAAUGUGACAAUCGACAUCAGCUCGCACGCGCCAUUUGCCCUUCCGCCCUGA